CGAUUAUGAAGCAAUUCGAGAAUAAAAUAAUAAUUUUUUCCCGCUAAAAAAGGAUCUCAUUUUGCCCAACGCCCUCCUUUUCUUUUCUUUUCUUUUCUUUCUUUCUUUCUCAUAACCAACCUCUCUCUCUUUCUGUCCUUUUCGCUCGAUCGUAUCACACGCCCAAACUCAAAUCGUUACAAACAUGGCCAAAAAGCACGGAAACGCCAAUCGCAAACGCCAGAACAAGAACAAGGCUAAUAAGCAAAAGCAGACCAAAGCCGAUGAAUUGGCUGCUACUACGCCAGCCAUCAUCAACAACAACAACAGCAGCACACCCAACAGCACGACCGCCAGCAGCGCGUCAUCCGUCGUGGAAGCAAACACGCAGCCCACCCCCGUCGCUGAUGAUGACAAGCACAAGCAAGACGCCACAUCCCCGGCUGAGCAAGUCGACGAGCUUGCAGUCAAAGGACAGGAUCAAGCCCAAAACCAAAAGGCAGAGCCCGAAACGAAGGAGAAGCAGGAGGAUAAGCCACAAGGAGAUGAACAAAAGCAACAGGAAAAAGAGGGUCAGGCUGCUGUUUCAGAGCUUACGGCUCCUGUGAGCAACAAUGACUCGCAUACUGACGAGGAUCCAUCCGUGGCGGCGGAUGCACACACGCACAAGGCUGUUCUGGCUGCUGCAGGUGAAGGCGACGCCAAAUCCAAGGACAAUAAUAAUGACAUUUCAACCACAGAGCAAGCUGAGCCCGUAUCGGAAUCCAAAGCCGAGAACACCGAGAAGGAGAUUCCUCAAGGAUCGACGCCAAAUCACGCUGAAUCCCAGGCCGAGACCGCCGCCGCUACUACGACUACUAUUACUGCAGCUGCUGAAAAGGCUGAAAAGAAGGAUACUCCUGCUGCUGUCGCUGACGAUGCUUCCAAGGAUACUGUUGAAGCACCCAAGGAAGAGACUGUCAAGGACGAGCCAGAGCAAACAGCCCCCAAGGAGGAAGAGGAGCAACCAAAGAAGGAGAAUGUGGCACCCAAGGAUGUUUCGCAAGCACAAGCCAACGAUUUGAAGAAAAAAGAGCCUAGUGAACCUGCCGUUGCCACUGCCACUGACGUCGCUGCUCCCGAUGCCAAGGAAACGGUCAGCAAGGUCGAGGACAAGAAACAAGAAGCAGCUCCUGCAGUCGAAGCCAAGAAGGAACCAGUGGUGAUUGAGCAAAAACCUGUUUCUGUUGUUGAAACCAAGAAGGAACCCGUGGUGGUAGCUGAAGUCAAGAAGGAAGAGCCCGCACCCGUGGUAGCUGAAGUCAAGAAAGAAGAGACUGCACCAGUAGCUGACAAACCCAAGAAGGAGGAGGGAUCAGCACCGGCUGAAAAGGCAUCAUUAACACCGGCAAAGGCCGACGACGACACAGCCGUCAAGGAGGCCACGACCACCACGGCUGCAGCUGUAGCAAGCAAGGAAGAGAAGCCUGUUAAGAAAUCGAAUGGAAGCAAAGCAGCAGCAGCAGCAGCAGCAGCAGUACCAAAGGAUGUAAAGUCAAACGGAGAGGCAAAGCCACGACAAGUCGUCGCAUUAUCCAAGACCAAGUCAUUGAGCAAGAAGCGAUCUCAAAUCUUUGGGCUGUUCAAGAACAAGGACAAGGAGAAUAAGACCAAGUCAACAACGUCUUCUUCCACAACCGACAAGGAGACCAAGCGCAAGACCUGGCAAUUCUGGAAGUAAAAAAACAAAAACAAAUCAUUGCGAAUUUCUUUUCUCUUCCCUCCCCCUCCACCCACCCCUUUUACCGCACCUUUCAUACCAAAUCCCCAUAAUUACGUGACCCGCUCCUCGCUAACAUCGCUUAGUGGUAGGCCCCACAAUAAGUACGCGGGUUUACUGUAUACAUACUCUCUUGCUCUCUCUUGCUCUCUCUCUCUCUCUCUUCUUUAUAGCUUCUAGCAUACUUAGUAUCUUAACUCCAACUACCCUUUAGCUAACUCUUUGUCCCAUAACAACCCACC